GCGAGACGCUGCUGCGGAGCGGCCCCGGGAGCCCCCAGCCUGUGUCGCGUCCCAGUGGUUGCCUCCUGGUCAGCCCUGCCCAGCAUGGCUACCUCGGCGGCUGGCCCGGUGAUCAUCGUUGGCAGUGGCCUCAUUGGAAGAAGCUGGGCCAUGUUGUUUGCCAGUGGAGGCUACAGGGUGAAACUGUAUGACAUUGAGCAACAGCAGAUAACAAACGCCCUGGAAAACAUCAGAAAAGACAUGAAGUUGCUGGAACAGUCAGGUUCUCUGAAAGGCUUGCUCAGUGCAGAACAGCAGUUGUCACUAAUCACUGGUUGCUCGAAUAUUCAAGAAGCAGUAGAGGGCGCCAUGCACAUUCAGGAAUGUGUUCCAGAAGACCUGGAACUGAAAAAGAAGAUUUUUGCUCAGUUAGAUGGAAUCAUCGGUGAUGACGUUGUCCUCAGCAGCUCCACCUCGUGCCUCUUGCCUUCUGAGCUGUUUGCGGGGCUGGUGCACGUGAAGCAGUGCCUUGUGGCUCAUCCUGUAAACCCGCCAUAUUAUGUCCCGCUGGUGGAGCUGGUCCCGCAUCCAGAGACAGCCCCUGCAACAGUGGAUAGAACCCAUGCCCUGAUGCAGAAGAUCGGACAGUCCCCGGUCAGGAUCCUGAAGGAGGUCGAUGGCUUUGUCCUGAAUCGCCUGCAGUUUGCGGUCAUCAGUGAGGCCUGGCGGCUGGUGCAGGAAGGAAUAGUGUCUCCGAGUGACCUGGACCUCGUCAUGUCUCACGGCCUGGGCCUGCGGUAUGCGUUCAUGGGACCCCUGGAAACCAUGCAUCUCAAUGCAGAAGGUAUGUUAAGCUACUGUGACAGAUAUGGUGAAAGCAUGAAACGUGUCCUCAAGACUUUUGGACCCAUUCCAGAGUUUUCUGGGGCCACAGUUGAAAAAGUUCAUCAGGCCAUGUGUGUGAAAGUCCCAGCUGACCCUGAGCACUUGGCUGCCAGGAGGCAGUGGAGGGAGCAGUGCCUCAUGAGACUUGCCAAACUGAAGAGUCAGAUGCCGUCCCAGUGAAGUAUUUUAUAAUGCUGUCACUCCCCGCAGAGGAAGUCCUAGCUGAUUGAAUUAUAAGGACUUAAUCUUAUUGCUUGAAACAGUAGCAGCCACGGAGAUGCCUUAAUGUGCAAGUUCUGAACCUGGUCUCUGGUUAGCACUAGUCCAGUCACUUCUGAUUGUGCCCUAGAUGUGGGUGUCAAAGCAGCACUUGGGUUCUGAGGGCUGUUGAUUUCCUGCCACCUGGGCAAGCAAAUCGUCGCAAGAUUAUCACAUUUUAUUUUUCAGUGUGAUUAUGCAGCCUACAUUUUAUAGCUAAUGAUUGUUUCAAAUCAUUUUAAUCUGUAGCAAAAUAUUUUUAUGAUUAUUUCUAAUCUCUCUCUGAGUAUUCUGUGGCCCUGCAUUUUUGAGUCAACUACCUACCUUCAUUUUGCCAAUGCUUAUUCUGAAUAA